GGUGAAGCUCAACCUGUCGGCACUGCUGUGCAGCCAAACAACCAGAAACAGCCUCCAGAAGUGAUCAGGAUGUCGGUGACCAUGAACAAGGCUGAUGGACGCACAGUGGUUACUGUGGCCUCUGACCCCAAAUGUGCUUGGCCUCCUCUGUGUCAAAUCCUCAAGGCCCUUUGCUUCAACCCGCUGUGCUGCUCUGUGUCCCAGCACCUGAGGAGGGUCCAGGGUACCUCUCAGUCAGCUCUGGGGGCUACACAAAUUAUGGUUGGGGCUAUCAACGUCUGUCUCGGGGUCGUCAUCAGUAAUAACACUGAAACCUCAUGGCAGUUCGUGACGGACUGGUAUCCUGUUUUGCUUGGACUACUGUUUGCUGCCAUUGGGACUUUGACCGUGUUGUCUGAGAAGUAUCCCAGCCCCUGUCUGGUCACUGCUAGUGUCAUUGCAAAUCUGGCAGGAGUUGCUUUUGCCGUCGUAGCCAUCGUACUCUACCGUUUCGUCAUCUACUUUGGGUUGUCGCUGUUGUGCUACCGUUGGGAUUGGGAUUACUGGUACGGCCAACGUAUAACAAUGCCUCCAGUUCCAUCUGUUGCAGAGAAGAUCAUGAUGAAUAAAUGCCUGAGGGCAAAAGCAUUGGUCCUGAAUCUUCUGCAGAGCAUCAGUACUGUGCUGGCCAUCAUGUCGGUCCUCCAGCUUUGCCUCUUCAUCAGCUCUGCUGUUUUGGGCAUCAAGGCUCUGAGGAGGAGUCAGAGGGAAACAAACAAGGACACUGAUGACCCAAAUCUCUACAAACUUCGCGUGCUGAAGGAGAUCUCCACCAUCACAGCUUAGAGGAAGUGCUGUUCUCUGCUAUCAUGAGUUUAAGUCUUAGGCAUUGUUUAAAAGUACAAGAGACAAAAUAUAAUAAAAAGUUUCUGUCACAGCUUCUUCAAUUCUGACACAUUUAGGUGCCUUUUUGUUUGUGACAUCACUUGUACGUGUAAAUAAGUUGUUGUGCUAUUGUAUUGAUCUGUCACCGCUCCUUCAACAAAGAGGGGCUCGCAGUACAUGAUGAUACAAUAAAAUAUCUUUAAGUGAAAAAAUACCAAGAAUAGGCACGAUUCAAACAACUGUAUGACAAUAAAACCAUUUCUGUAACAU